AUGUCCAAUACGACGGGGGACAAUAAUCUGCCGAUAAAGCGUUAUAGGCGCGACGAGAAGUCUUCAGAGUCUGAAGAAGAUGUUGACAAUUAUGAACCUUACAUUCCAGUAAAAGAACGUAAAAAACAGAAAUUGUUAAAGCUUGGAAGGCUUGGACAGGUUGCUGCGGAGGCUGCAGCAGAGACUAAAAGCUCUAGCGACAAUGAUCCUGAUGAUGACGCAUCUCAAGAGGAGUGGGGUAGACGCUACAAUGUAUCACUUCUCGACCAGCAUAGUGAACUGAAAAGGCUAGCCGAAGCUAGGGCAUUAUCAGCAGCUGAAAGGCAGGCAAGAGAAGAGCAGCAUAUUCUCGAGAGUGUUGCACAGAGCAAAGCUCUCAUGGGUGUAGCGGAGUUAGCUAAAGGCAUACAGUAUGAAGAACCUAUUAAAACUUCUUGGAAACCACCUCGCUGCAUUCUUGAGCGACCACCAGAGAAGAAUGAUCUAAUCAGACAGCAACUCCGAAUCCUUGUUGAGGGAGAGGAUGUACCACCACCUAUCAGAACGUUCCAACACAUGAAGUUUCCUAAAGGUAUCCUUCGAGGUCUUGAAGAAAAAGGCAUAAAGAAACCUACACCAAUCCAAGUCCAAGGUAUUCCAGCAGUUCUGAGUGGAAGAGACAUGAUUGGUAUAGCUUUCACUGGUUCUGGGAAGACCCUUGUUUUCAUUCUGCCUAUCAUCAUGAUGUGUCUUGAACAGGAGAUAAAAAUGCCAUUUAUUAGAAAUGAAGGUCCUUAUGGGCUGAUCAUCUGCCCAUCCCGGGAGUUGGCUAAGCAGACUCAUGACAUUAUUCUGCAUUUUGUAAAGCACAUCAAGCUCUCCGGAAACCCUGAGAUACGAAGCUGUUUGGCUAUCGGAGGUAAUUGA